UUCCGGAGCGACAGCGUGGGAAGUGGUCCUAAGCGCUUCCGGGUCGUCGCGUGACCUUGAAAGUUUCGAGCAGAUAUGGCGUUGGCUGCGGCUGCGGCGCUGGGGCGCCUGAACCUUCUGAGCUGCGCCCGAGGGGGCCGAGUUCUGCUCCUGGGCGCCCGGGUGGUCAGACCCGCCUUCGCCUCUGCGUCUCUGCCGGACCGGCCUGCCCCCGGAGGACGGCACGUCCACCUGUCUGCCAGCCGCUACUCUAACUCUAAGGCUGCAUCUCUGCACUGGACUAGUGAGAGAGCGGUCAGUGUCUUGCUGCUGGGCCUGCUCCCAACUGCCUAUCUGUUCCCGACCUCUGUGGUGGACUACUCAUUGGCUGCAGUCCUCACCCUCCAUGGUCACUGGGGUCUUGGACAGCUUGUUACUGACUAUAUUCAUGGAGACAAGUUGGUGAAAGGAGCCAAUGCAGGUCUCUUGACACUCUCAGCUGUGACCUUUGCAGGACUCUGCUAUUUCAACUACCAUGAUGUGGGCAUCUGCAAAGCUGUUGCCUUGCUGUGGAGCCUCUGAACUUCCUGAGAAAAGAAAUGAUUGUACACCCAUUGCCUCUGCUCUAUCACAUUAUUAACCAAUGAAAAUGAGAGGAAAGUAGCAGUGAACUUCUCUGAUGAGACCUUCCCUGUUCUCCAGUCAGGCACAGGUAUUUCAACAAUUGGUCUCUAUGAGAAAUACAAUCCAAGAAGGAUUGGAUGAAGGAAAUUGUGAGAUUAGCUUGUGUUCCAAGUUCUGAUGAGUCACUAAGUUGUCUCAGGUUCUCGCUAGGUUUAUAUCUUGGUUAACCAUUGUAAGUUGCCACAUUUUAAUUUACUGAUUUCUUAAGAAUUCAUUUAUACAUCAUUCUUUUGUGACUGGAUUUGUCCAGCAGCCCUAACCCUCUUAUAAUUCUUGUUCUUUGGAAUACUGGGCAAAAGAGGACAUUUUGUUAAUUCAUAUAAUAAAAAAUUUGCAAGAAAGGA